UAAAGAAACGAUAAGAAUUACGGACGACGAGAGACCCGUGAUUUGUUACGAGUCACAAAACAUGUUACAAUUAAUUUUGAAAACUUCAUGACUUUUGUCCUGCUCGGAGUUUAUUUUUCUUUUGUGCGGUCUACAUUCGAAACUCGGACAUUUUACGCCGUAGACACCGAAAAUUGAUUUCUAUGUCCAGUGAUUGACUACGAUGCAGCGCGUCAAAAUAUUAACCGUAGUGUUAUCCCGGAACCGUUGGAAAGAUCCGUUUGGUGUUCACUCGGCGGUGACAGAUUGGACACGUCGGCGAAGGGUGCACACGUCGUGUGCGACGUUUGAGUUCCACGAGUUUGACAAGCGGAGUGGCUAUGACACGGGGUUUGAGAUCGCCGAUACUCGCAUCGAGAGAAUCCGCCUGGGUCUGAAACAGCUGAAAAAAGAAAUCAAACUGUGGAAAAAAGAAGUAAAAGAGGUUCUGAUCUGCGACCCCAUAUUCGAUUACAGGCCAGGAGAAGUGGAUGUGUAUUGGAGAUUUUACGAAGAAUCUUCAUUGGAUCAUUGGAUUGUCACUAGUGAUAGUGAUCAUGCUGAAGGUUUUAGUAAAUGUGAAUUAAAAAUAAGUAACCAGGGUUAUGGGCUCUUUCAUGGAAACCUAUGCUCAAGAGUCCCAAAGGAUGGAAGGAUUCAAAAUUCUGGUUAUUGCAAUAUGAUAACAAAACGUGUUUCGAAAUCUUUUCAACGUGAUAGUUUUUUAGACUGGAGCCCGUACACUCAUCUCAAUUUACGUUUAAGAGGCGAUGGACGAAGUUAUUUAAUAAAUAUACAUGUGUCUGGACAGUUUGAUAUUAUGUGGAAUGAUGUAUUUACAUUUGUACUUUAUACUCGAGGUGGACCAUAUUGGCAAACCACAAGAAUACCAUUUUCAAAAUUCUUUUUUGCCAGCAAAGGACGGAUACAAGAUAAACAAGCACCAUUGCCAUUAUACAGAAUUACUCAUUUUGGUAUUACUGUAUCAGAUAAAGCUGAUGGCCCUUUUCAAUUAGAAUUGGAUUAUAUAGGUGCUGAUUUUGAUCCUACCCAUCAUGAAGAGACUGCAUAUGAAAUGUAUGAAGUUAAACAAAACUUUAUAGUUGGAACAUAAUUUCAUGACUUGUUAUAAUAUUAGUUUAUAGAUUAUUUAUUUCUAUGUAAACUAUCUUGUUACACAAUAGUUGAAAUUUAAACUUUUAAGGUCAUUUAAUAAAUGGUUACAUUUUA